UCUAUUUUUCUCAAGUUUCUUACAAUUUGAUUUCGGUAAAGCUCCAAUUGUCCAAUUUUAACAGUUAGAUAAAAUCUACUUGGCACAUUCCAAAAACCGUUAAACGCUUCAGACAAACAAACAACAAGAGUCUCUCUCCUUCAUUCUAAUUUUGGGUUGUACAAGCUAUGUUUAAUCGUAGAAGCUCCAAGUCCUCAGCGUGCAAAACCGCAUUGACGCUUGCGGUUCCACGGAUAAAGCUUUUGAAGAAUAAGAGAGAAGCCAAUGUGAAGCAGCUCCGGCGUGAAUUGGCCCAAUUGCUUCACUCUGGCCACAACCAUGCUGCAAGAGUCCGGGUUGAACAUGUAGUCAAGGAAGAGAAGACGAUGGCAGCAUAUGAUCUUAUUAAGAUAUACUGUGACCUUAUUGCAGCACGCAUGCCGAUGAUUGAAUCACAAAGAAACUGCCCCAUUGAUUUGAAAGAAGCAAUUUCAAGCGUAAUAUUUGCAUCCCCAAGAUGUUCAGAUAUUCCUGAGCUGGUAGUUGUGAAGAAGCAUAUUAUGGCUAAAUAUGGACGAGAGUUUGUCUCAGCAGCUGUUGAAUUACGCCCUGACUGUGGUGUAAAUCGUUUGGCAAGUCUCUCUUGGGGAAGAAGGAUCAUGUUAAGAAUAAUUUGUCGUCAUUUUUUUUCUUUCUACUGAUUAUUGUCUUUUCAGUUGGUUGAAAAAUUGUCUACCAGUGCACCCGAUGGUCCUACCAAGAUCAGAAUACUGACUGCAAUUGCUGAGGAACAUAAUGUCCAAUGGCAACCGUCAUUAGAAGAAAACCAUGUGAAUGCGUCUCAAGAUUUUCUGGCUGGACCAAAUACUCUUGAGAAUGGGAAACCUCCACAAGUACAACUCCAUGCUCCACCUGUUGGUGAUGAAAAAGGACCUCCUAAUUUACGUGCUUAUGCUUCUUAUCAACUUAAAGAGAUGCACAAUAUUUCUUAUGAGAAGAGUGCAAGUUUAAAUUCUUCAGGCACUGGAAGUCAAGAAAUGAAUUUUGGAAACUUGUAUUCUGAAAACACGAGUUCUUUUCAAAUGGGUAGACAGAAUUGGAACAUGGAAUUCAAGGAUGCUACCUCUGCUGCACAUGCAGCUGCGGAAUCUGCAGAACGUGCUAGCAUGGCUGCAAGAGCAGCUGCUGAACUUUCUAGCCGUGGAAAGUUAACAAGGCAGUGUUCAAGUGAAUGGCUGAGUUCUUCUGUUGGUGAAUUACCUCAAAAAUAUGCCUUCCAUGCUACCGAACAUCUUUCUGCUGGUUAUGUUAAUAGCACAUUCCGAAGAAGCAGUUUUGAGAUACACAAUGAACAAGCUAAUGUAAGAGAACAACAUAAUCAGGUGGGAUCAACCAAUGAACAUCGCACGAACAGUAAUGAGAAUGUGGCGAAACUGUACCAGUCAGCUUCAUUGACAUCUCAUAAUGCUUUUCGCGAAGAUAAACCAUUUGGCAAUGUUUAUGGAGUGGCUGAUAUAUAUCCAAAUGAUGAUAAUCCUCAGGCAAACCAGAAAUCAAGCACAUGGGACUCAAAUGCACACUUUUAUUCUGAUACUAGUAGGUCUGAGGAUGGACUUCCUAAACGAAAUUCAGUCACUCUUGCCGGUUCUGCUAGUGGAUUGUCUAGAAGGAUGUUAGCUCCUUCAAAAACUGGUACAUGUUUAAUUUUGAAGGAUGAUUCUUUGUCCAAGGCUUCUAAGACUUCUGGUGCAAGUUCUGGGCAUGGAUCAGCAGAGCAUGCAGCAUCUAAGCCAAAUUCAGAACCUAAAAGUGAGGAAAUUAUAAUAUUAUCUGCAAUGGUGCAAGCUUCCUCUUCUCUUACUACAACAAUGACACCAGAUAAGGAAGAGGCUUCAAAAUCUUUAAAUUCUAAUCAAGAUAUUCCCUCUAAGGAGAAGGCCAGUCAUGUUCAUCCAAAGCUACCUGACUAUGAUACCUUUGCUGCCCAAUUUCUGCCUCGUAAGAAGGGUCUUCAAUAAAAUUCCAUGUGCUUGCUUAUGAUAACAUAGGAUUCUUGUGUAGUCUUAGCACGCUUUGCUGAAAUUGUGGAGAAAAAACAUUGAGUGGUGUUAAUCCUAUUUAUGUUAACACACAAGACUUCCAUUCCAAAACCUUAAUAUAUUGCAGUAAAGACUUCUUAGAAACUUAA